AUGUGUGUGACCUGCGUCCCUGACCCGGCCUCGUCUCCGCAGAACCUGCUGCCGAUGAUCCCCCCCUGCUUCGGCAUCCUCUUCUCCCGCUUCCUGCUGGACCUCCGCACGACGUCCACCACCACGGCGUGGAUCUUCAGCAUUUUCUGCUUCGUGUGGAAUCUGUUCGCCUUGGUGUGCCGCCCUCUGACCCGGGAGUUCGGCUGGCGCCCCGUCGCCCUCUACGGCAUCCUCUCCACCGCCCUCGCCCUCGUCAUCUCCGCCUUCGCGCCCACGGCUGAGUUCCUCCUGUUCUCCUUCGCGCUCCUGGCGGGUUCGGGCUGCGGCAUGGUGGUGUGCAUCUGCUUCUGCAUCGUGCCCCUGUACUUCGACCGUCGCCGCGGGCAGGCCAACGCGAUCAUGAUGGCAGGCGCUGGCCUCGGGCAGAUCACCGGACCUCGUCUGAUUGAGUUCCUUCAGGAGGAGCUCGGCUACAAGGGCGCGUCCCUGGUCAUGGGGGCGGUGGUGCUGCAUGGCUGCAUCGGGGCCUCGCUCUUCCACCCCAUUUCGUGGCACCAGAAGAGGCGCCCUCGGGAGGGCGGCGUGUCGGAGGCGAAGGGGGACGCGGAGGAGCCCUUGCUCGCCACACGGGCGAGGACUCUUCCCGGUGGCGUCUCGGGAGCCCCAUCGAUGGAGAGCCUCGGUGGAGACUCGGAGUAUAAGAAAGCAGGUAACAGCAUCCCGGUGAAGAAGGCGCUGCCGUUGGGUCCCUGUCGCCGACGCGGCAGCUACGUCUCUCGAAACUCUCUGGCAUCGGUCGGAGAAUCUUCUCUCGCCCUCUCGUCCAUGGACCUCCCUGGCAUCACCGCUCUGACCCCAGCUGCUGCAGAAGGCGAGGAGGACGCCCCUCGGGACACCGACGCCCACUGCUUCCUCCUGAAGAUCCUCGGGCGGGUGUGGCGGUCCACCCUGGCGGACCUGGGAGUGCUCCGUUCCCCCGAGGCCGUCAUCAUAGCGGUGUCCUUCUCCCUCUGCGUCAACGGCUACAUCACCUUCGUCAUGAUGGUGCCCUUUGCCAUGGAGGCCGAGGGCUUCACGCUGCAGGACUCCGCGAUUUCCAUUUCCAUCUCGGCGGUGUGCAAUUUCAUGCUGAGGAUCACAGCGUCCUUCCUCUCCGACUGGCACCGAUUCAACGUCAGGCACUGUUACCGGGCGGCCGUGCUCCUGAUAUCUCUGAGCACGUUUGCCUUCCCUCUGGCGACGAAGCUCGUGUGGAUGAAGGUGGCGAUGGGCGCGUGGGGCGCGGGCGUGGGCGCCAAGAUGAGCCUCUACAACCUGGUCAUCAUCAACGUCGUGGGGAUCGACCGGCUGCCGGCCAUGGUCGGGGCGACGGGCCUCACCACCGCCGUCGGGUUCAUCGUCAUCGGCCCGCUCAUUGGCGUGGUGCGUGACAAGACCGGAAGCUACCUUGUUAGCAUGUGGGUGUUGGCAGCUCUGACAUUCUUUAGCUUCUGUCUGUGGUUGGUCCUUCCCGCGCCCGGAGGUAAUCAGAGAACCAAUCGGGAAUCAACGGAAGUCGUCAAACAGUAAAAAUAAAUAAAUAAAUAGAUACAUAAAUGAAAUGACAUAAAAUGUGUUGUUUGUAUAUAUUUAUUGUGUUUGUACUGAAGAAAUAUAAGUCGGAUAUGUU